CAGUGAGUGACACGGCGAGCGUGAGCCGCGGCCCCAGCCGGGCCGAGCGCGCUGCCUGAGCGGAGCCGCAGUAGGUGAGGGGCCCGCGUCCUCGCCCGCCGUGGGCGCCGCGCCUGGCACUGAUCCUGCCGGUCGCCCACUGUCGCCGCCGCCGCCGCCCGCGGGCACCAUGACAGCUCUGAGCGCUGGGGUUACAGACUGUGGUUUUGUGCUUGCUCACCAAAGCUAACCUCAGCAUGCUCAAAAGGAAGCAGAGUUCCAGGGUGGAAGCCCAGCCAGUCACUGACUUUGGUCCUGAUGAAUCUCUGUCGGAUAAUGCUGACAUCCUCUGGAUUAACAAACCAUGGGUUCACUCUUUGCUGCGCAUCUGUGCCAUCAUCAGCGUCAUUUCUGUUUGUAUGAAUACGCCAAUGACCUUCGAGCACUAUCCUCCACUUCAGUAUGUGACCUUCACUUUGGAUACGUUAUUGAUGUUUCUCUACACGGCAGAGAUGAUCGCAAAAAUGCACAUCCGGGGCAUUGUCAAGGGGGAUAGUUCGUAUGUGAAAGAUCGCUGGUGUGUUUUUGAUGGAUUUAUGGUCUUUUGCCUUUGGGUUUCUUUGGUGCUACAGGUGUUUGAAAUUGCUGAUAUAGUUGAUCAGAUGUCACCUUGGGGCAUGUUGCGGAUUCCACGGCCGCUGAUUAUGAUCCGAGCAUUCCGGAUUUAUUUCCGAUUUGAACUGCCAAGGACCAGAAUUACAAAUAUUUUAAAGCGAUCGGGAGAACAAAUAUGGAGUGUUUCCAUUUUUCUACUUUUCUUUCUACUUCUUUAUGGAAUUUUAGGAGUUCAGAUGUUUGGAACAUUUACUUAUCACUGUGUUGUAAAUGACACAAAACCAGGGAAUGUAACCUGGAAUAGUUUAGCUAUUCCAGACACACACUGCUCACCAGAGCUAGAAGAAGGCUACCAGUGCCCACCUGGAUUUAAAUGCAUGGACCUUGAAGAUCUGGGACUUAGCAGGCAAGAGCUGGGCUACAGUGGCUUUAAUGAGAUAGGAACCAGCAUAUUCACCGUCUAUGAGGCUGCCUCUCAGGAAGGCUGGGUGUUCCUCAUGUACAGAGCAAUUGACAGCUUUCCCCGUUGGCGUUCCUACUUCUAUUUCAUCACUCUCAUUUUCUUCCUCGCCUGGCUUGUGAAGAACGUGUUUAUUGCUGUUAUCAUUGAAACAUUUGCAGAAAUCAGAGUACAAUUUCAACAAAUGUGGGGAUCAAGAAGCAGCACUACCUCAACAGCCACCACCCAGAUGUUUCAUGAAGAUGCUGCUGGAGGUUGGCAGCUGGUAGCUGUGGAUGUCAACAAGCCCCAGGGACGCGCCCCAGCCUGCCUCCAGAAAAUGAUGCGGUCAUCCAUUUUCCACAUGUUCAUCCUGAGCAUGGUGACCGUGGACGUGAUCGUGGCAGCUAGCAACUACUACAAAGGAGAAAACUUCAGGAGGCAGUACGACGAGUUCUACCUGGCGGAGGUGGCUUUUACAGUACUUUUUGAUUUGGAAGCACUUCUGAAGAUAUGGUGUUUGGGAUUUACUGGAUAUAUUAGCUCAUCUCUCCACAAAUUCGAACUACUACUCGUAAUUGGAACUACUCUUCAUGUAUAUCCAGAUCUUUAUCAUUCACAAUUCACGUACUUUCAGGUUCUCCGAGUAGUUCGGCUGAUUAAGAUUUCACCUGCAUUAGAAGACUUUGUGUACAAGAUAUUCGGUCCUGGAAAAAAGCUUGGGAGUUUGGUUGUGUUUACUGCCAGCCUCUUGAUUGUUAUGUCAGCAAUUAGUUUGCAGAUGUUCUGCUUUGUUGAAGAACUGGACAGAUUUACUACCUUUCCAAGGGCAUUUAUGUCCAUGUUCCAGAUCCUCACCCAGGAAGGAUGGGUGGACGUAAUGGACCAAACUCUAAAUGCUGUGGGACAUAUGUGGGCACCUGUGGUUGCCAUCUAUUUCAUUCUCUAUCAUCUUUUUGCCACUCUGAUCCUCCUGAGUUUGUUUGUUGCUGUUAUUUUGGACAACUUAGAACUUGAUGAAGACCUAAAGAAGCUUAAACAAUUAAAGCAAAGUGAAGCAAACGCAGACACCAAAGAAAAGCUCCCUUUACGCCUGCGAAUCUUUGAAAAAUUCCCAAACAGACCGCAAAUGGUGAAAAUCUCAAAGCUUCCUUCAGAUUUUACAGUUCCUAAAAUCAGGGAGAGUUUUAUGAAGCAGUUUAUUGACCGCCAGCAACAGGACACAUGUUGCCUCCUGAGAAGCCUCCCUUCCACCUCUUCCUCCUCCUGCGACCACUCCAAACGCCCGGCCAUUGAGGACAACAAAUACAUCGACCAAAAACUUCGCAAGUCUGUUUUCAGCAUCAGGGCAAGGAACCUUCUGGAAAAGGAGACUGCAGUCACUAAAAUCUUAAGCAAGAGGCCAUUACCGACGAGCUCACCCAUUAGCAUCCGCUGUUGUCUCUACUUGGGAAGAUCACAUUGUCACUCUAGUGGAGUCAGAGCUUGCACCCGACAGCGCAUGCUGAGCGGAUCAUUCGAGGGGCAACCCGCAAAGGAGAGGUCAAUCCUCAGUGUGCAGCAUCAUAUCCGCCAAGAGCGCAGGUCUCUAAGACAUGGAUCAAACAGCCAGAGGAUCAGCAGGGGAAAAUCUCUUGAAACUUUGACUCAAGAUCAUUCCAAUACAGUGAGAUAUAGAAAUGCACAAAGAGAAGACAGUGAAAUAAAGAUGAUUCAGGAAAAAAAGGAGCAAGCAGAGAUGAAAAGGAAAGUGCAAGAAGAGGAACUCAGAGAGAACCACCCAUACUUCGAUAAGCCACUCUUCAUUGUCGGGCGAGAACACAGGUUCAGAAACUUUUGCCGGGUGGUGGUCCGAGCACGCUUCAACGCAUCUAAAACAGACCCUGUCACGGGAGCUGUGAAAAAUACAAAGUACCAUCAACUUUAUGAUUUGCUGGGAUUGGUCACUUACCUGGACUGGGUCAUGAUCAUCGUAACCAUCUGUUCUUGCAUUUCCAUGAUGUUUGAGUCCCCGUUUCGAAGAGUCAUGCAUGCACCUACUUUGCAGAUUGCCGAGUAUGUGUUUGUGAUAUUCAUGAGCAUUGAGCUUAAUCUGAAGAUUAUGGCAGAUGGCUUAUUUUUCACUCCAACUGCUGUCAUCAGGGACUUCGGUGGAGUAAUGGACAUAUUUAUAUAUCUUGUGAGCUUGAUAUUUCUUUGUUGGAUGCCUCAAAAUGUACCUGCUGAAUCGGGAGCUCAGCUCCUAAUGGUCCUUCGGUGCCUGAGACCUCUGCGCAUAUUCAAACUGGUGCCCCAGAUGAGGAAAGUUGUUCGGGAACUUUUCAGCGGCUUCAAGGAAAUAUUUUUGGUCUCCAUUCUUUUGCUGACAUUAAUGCUCGUUUUUGCAAGCUUUGGAGUUCAGCUUUUUGCUGGAAAACUGGCCAAGUGCAAUGAUCCCAACAUUAUUAGAAGGGAAGAUUGCAAUGGCAUAUUCAGAAUUAAUGUCAGUGUGUCAAAGAACUUAAAUUUAAAAUUGAGGCCUGGAGAGAAAAAACCUGGAUUUUGGGUGCCCCGUGUUUGGGCGAAUCCUCGGAACUUUAAUUUCGACAAUGUGGGAAACGCUAUGCUGGCAUUGUUUGAAGUUCUCUCCUUGAAAGGCUGGGUGGAAGUGAGAGAUGUUAUUAUUCAUCGUGUGGGGCCGAUCCAUGGAAUCUAUAUUCAUGUUUUUGUAUUCCUGGGUUGCAUGAUUGGACUGACCCUUUUUGUUGGAGUAGUUAUUGCUAAUUUCAAUGAAAACAAGGGGACGGCUUUGCUGACCGUCGAUCAGAGAAGAUGGGAAGACCUGAAGAGCCGACUGAAGAUCGCACAGCCUCUUCAUCUCCCGCCUCGCCCGGAUAAUGAUGGUUUUAGAGCUAAAAUGUAUGACAUAACCCAGCAUCCAUUUUUUAAGAGGACAAUUGCAUUACUCGUCCUGGCCCAGUCGGUGUUGCUCUCUGUCAAGUGGGACGUUGAGGACCCGGUGACCGUACCUUUGGCAACAAUGUCAGUUGUUUUCACCUUCAUCUUUGUUCUGGAGGUUACCAUGAAGAUCAUAGCAAUGUCGCCUGCCGGCUUCUGGCAAAGCAGAAGAAACCGAUACGAUCUCCUGGUGACAUCGCUUGGCGUUGUAUGGGUGGUGCUUCACUUUGCCCUCCUGAAUGCAUAUACCUACAUGAUGGGCGCUUGUGUGAUUGUAUUUAGGUUUUUCUCCAUCUGUGGAAAACAUGUAACGCUAAAGAUGCUCCUCUUGACAGUGGUCGUCAGCAUGUACAAGAGCUUCUUUAUCAUAGUAGGCAUGUUCCUUUUGCUGCUGUGUUACGCUUUUGCUGGAGUUGUUUUAUUUGGUACUGUGAAAUAUGGGGAGAAUAUUAACAGGCAUGCAAAUUUUUCUUCGGCUGGCAAAGCUAUUACCGUACUGUUCCGAAUUGUCACAGGUGAAGACUGGAACAAGAUUAUGCAUGACUGUAUGGUUCAGCCUCCGUUUUGUACUCCAGAUGAAUUUACAUACUGGGCAACAGACUGUGGAAAUUAUGCUGGAGCACUUAUGUAUUUCUGUUCAUUUUAUGUCAUCAUUGCCUACAUCAUGCUAAAUCUGCUUGUAGCCAUAAUUGUGGAGAAUUUCUCCUUGUUUUAUUCCACUGAGGAGGACCAGCUUUUAAGUUACAAUGAUCUUCGCCACUUUCAAAUCAUAUGGAACAUGGUGGAUGAUAAAAGAGAGGGGGUGAUCCCCACGUUCCGCGUCAAGUUCCUGCUGCGGCUCCUGCGUGGGAGGCUGGAGGUGGACCUGGACAAGGACAAGCUCCUGUUUAAGCACAUGUGCUACGAAAUGGAGAGGCUCCACAACGGCGGCGACGUCACCUUCCACGAUGUCCUGAGCAUGCUUUCAUACCGGUCCGUGGACAUCCGGAAGAGCUUGCAGCUGGAGGAACUCCUGGCGAGGGAGCAGCUGGAGUACACCAUAGAGGAGGAGGUGGCCAAGCAGACCAUCCGCAUGUGGCUCAAGAAGUGCCUGAAGCGCAUCAGAGCUAAACAGCAGCAGUCGUGCAGUAUCAUCCACAGCCUGAGAGAGAGUCAGCAGCAAGAGCUGAGCCGGUUUCUGAACCCGCCCAGCAUUGAGACCACCCAGCCCAGUGAAGACACAAAUGCCAACAGUCAGGACAACAGCAUGCAACCCGAGACAAGCAGCCAGCAGCAGCUCCUGAGCCCCACGCUGUCGGAUCGAGGAGGAAGUCGGCAAGAUGCCGCCGAUGCAGGGAAACCCCAGAGGAAGUUUGGGCAGUGGCGUCUGCCCUCAGCCCCAAAACCAAUAAGCCAUUCAGUGUCCUCAGUCAACUUACGGUUUGGAGGAAGGACAACCAUGAAAUCUGUCGUGUGCAAAAUGAACCCCAUGACUGACGCGGCUUCCUGCGGUUCUGAAGUUAAGAAGUGGUGGACCCGGCAGCUGACUGUGGAGAGCGACGAAAGUGGGGAUGACCUUCUGGAUAUUUAGGUGGAUGUCAAUGUAGAUGAAUUUCUAGUGGUGGAAACUGUUUUCUAAUAAUGUCCUUGAUUGUCCAGUGAGCAAUCUGUAAUUGAUCUAUAACUGAAUUCCAACUUGUCACAAGAUUUUUAUAAAUUGAUUUUCAUCCUGCCACAGAAAGGCAUAAGCUGCAUGUAUGAUGGGUUACUAUCAUUGUUCAAAACAAUUUUUGUAUAAUGACUGUACUGAUAAUAUUAGAAAUGAUACCGCAAGCAAAUGUAUAUCACUCAAAAAUGUCAUAUAUUCUGUCUGUGUAAACUAAGGUAUAUAUAUUCAUAUGUGCUCUAAUGCAGUAUUAUCACCACCCCGCAAAAGAGUGCUAAGCCCAAAGUGGCUGAUAUUUAGGGUACAGGGGUUAUAGCUUUAGUUCACAUCUUUCCCAUUUCUACUAGAAAUAUUUCUCUUGAGAGAAUUUAUUAUUUAUGAUUGAUCUGAAAAGGUCAGCACUGAACUUAUGCUAAAAUGACAGUAGUUUUACAAACUACAGAUUCUGAAUUUUAAAAAGUAUCUUCUUUUUCUUGUGUUAUAUUUUUAAAUAUACACAAGACAUUUGGUGACCAGAACAAGUUGAUUUCUGUCCUCAGUUAUGCCAGUGAAACUGUUGCCUCCUUCUAAGAAAAUUGUGUGUGCAAGCACCAGGCAAAGAAAUGGAUUCAGGAUGCUUAGUGAUUUAAAACAAACCUGUAGAUAAAUCACUUGAGUGACAUAGUUGUGCAAAGAUGUUCAGUUUCUUAAGAAGCCUUUUAAUAACUGAGUGAGUUUAGCAAAAAGAAUAAAACUAGACAGCUUAAUUUAUUUUAAAAAAUCUUUGCAUGUGUGAUGUUAUCAUUGGUUUCAUUUCUUACCCAAGGUAUGUCUGUUUUGCCAUAAAUCAGUGGAGUCAUUUCAUUCUGGGUGAUCCUAACACACCAUUGCUAUGUUUGUUAGAUUUGAAAUGACAUCUCUGUUACCAGAAUCUUCUAUGGAAAUAAUGGUGCCCUGCAAAAUCUUCCUCUGAACUCACAGGUUAGGGAUCACACAACUUAAUCGUUUUUUGUUUUUGUUUUUUUUCCUUAUAUGUCAAUGGCCCAUGUCCUCCGGGAAAAUUAGAAAAGCAAAAUGAUUACAAAGUGCCGUUAGAUUUCUUGUGCUGGGUCAGCCAAGUAGAAGUGGACUUGGACCUUUAACUAUUUUAUUACAGAUUGGACAUUUGCUGUUUAGAUGUUUUUUAACAGAGGGAUUAUCUCAGAAUCCUGUGACCUCCAGGUUGUUUUAUGAUCUAUUUUUCUCUAUUUAACAUUCCUCAGAUAGGCAAAUAGGACAUUCCUUCUGUGUCACAGAUGUAUCAUGGUGGUGGCAGUCUACAGUUUAUAUGAUUCACUGUAACUAUGAGAUAAAGAAAGAAUAACCAGUCCCUGUGGCCAAAAGGAUUAGAUUUGAUUUGAUAUUCACUUGAAGUUUACUUUUUGUACAUACAAGAUAAAAUAAAUAUUGGAUUUGUAAAAUAA